UUGCCCAAAUCCAUUAUGGCGGCGGAGGUAACGCUUUCCCUCCGUUCCGCCUUUUCAACGGCGGCAGAGGGGCGUGAAUUCGGAGCGGGCGGUUUUAAAGACGCUCCUGAGUGUCCAGGGAAAAGAGACCGAGGCGAAAUCGCCUCUCCGCAGCUAGCCAGAAUACGGCAAGCUAGGCGACGAGGCUAUGAGCCACGGUGGUGAAGGUGCGCUGGUGAAGGUCCCGAGGGCUCAGGCCUUCCGUUUGCCCGGCCGCCACGGCUACGCGGUAGAGUUUUCGCCUUACCUGUCCGGGCGCUUGGCCUGCGCUGCCUCGCAGUACUACGGAAUUGCAGGUUGUGGAACUCUGGUUGUAUUGGAACAAAAUGAAGCUGGCGUUCAUCUCUUCAGGAGUUUUCCCUGGAGCGAUAGCCUGUUCGAUGUGACAUGGAGUGAGAACAAUGAACAUGUGCUGGUCACUUCCAGUGGGGAUGGAUCUUUACAAAUCUGGGACACAGAAAAACCUGCAGGUCCACUGCAAGUCUAUAAAGAGCAUAGUCAGGAGGUUUACAGCGUUGAUUGGAGCCAGACUAGAGGAGAACAACUAAUAGUAUCUGGGUCAUGGGAUCAAACAGCAAAGUUGUGGGAUCCUGCUGUGGGACAAUCGGUAUGCACUUGUAAAGGCCACGAAGGUGUCAUCUAUAGUACAGUUUGGUCUCCACACAUCCCAGGCUGCUUUGCAUCUGCCUCAGGUGACCAGACUUUAAGAAUUUGGGAUACAAAGGCACCAAGACUCCCAGUGAUAAUUCCUGCUCAUCAGGCUGAGAUUUUAAGUUGUGACUGGUGCAAGUAUGAUCAGAACUUGCUGGUAACGGGUGCUGUGGACUGCAGCUUGAAAGGCUGGGAUUUGAGAAACAUCCGACAGCCAGUAUUCAACUUGUUUGGGCAUACUUAUGCUGUAAGAAGAAUAAAAUUUUCACCAUUUCAUGGCACCAUAUUGGCUUCCUGUUCCUAUGAUUUUACUGUGAGAUUCUGGGAUUUCUCCAAGCCUGACCCUCUGCUUGAAACUGUGGAGCAUCAUACAGAGUUUACUUGUGGCCUGGAUUUAAGCUUGCAUCACCUAGGUCAGGAGCAGAACAUCACAGACCACAAGUCUGGAUUCAACCCUAACCCUUACUGCGUGGCAGAUUGCGCUUGGGAUGAAACGGUGAAGAUAUAUAGUCCAUCUUCAUUUAUAAAUUGCUGAACAGAAAGAUGUUUGACAUGGAAGACUGCUGAUUUGGAUGAAACUGCUUCUAAUUUCUCAGGGCAGGACACAACUGUCAUGGGAUGUAUUACUGCCUUGAAGACAACCUUCUGUUUAAAAAUGUAAUUUGCUGUUUUAUACUGGGGGUAAGGAACCUCCAGAUGUUGUUGGGCUUAACUUCCUUCAGCCCUAGUCAAAAUAACCAAUGGUCAGGGAUGAGCUGCAGUCCAGCAACAUCUGGAGGACCAUAGGUUCCCCACCCUUAUUUUUAAUGAAGUCAUACAGCUAAGCUAGUGAAGACAGGUUCAUGUGGCUUCUUUCACAAAAACUGUGUUGGGUCAGCAAAAUAACAACAAACUGUGAGUAGGCAAAAAAACAGGGAGAACAAAAGCACUCCUAGAUUUGUGUAGGGUAUCUGGAAGCAUUCAUGUAAAUAUUGAGUGACUAGAAUUAAUAUCUUUGUAUCUACUAAAGGGAAAGUACAAAUGGCAUUGUAAUGUUGUUCAUCACUGUUCAAAUGUAGAGUUUAUUAUACAACAAUGUAACAUCAAUCUAAUGUGUAUAACAUUCAGUUGUUUUUGUUAUUGAUACAUCUUGCAAUUGAUGUGGCAUUAUAAUAUGGAACACACCUUUGAUGGACAGUAAAUGCAAUCCUAUUAUCUACUCAGUGUUGUUCAACUUCUUCAACUGUAAAGUAGUCUUCUACUUGAUGAAAGUCAUGCUGCAGUAAUUUUCCUGAGUCAGUCCAUUACAUUUUUGGAUUCAGUUCACCUGUGACUGAAUUAGGGUUUCCAGCUCCUGAAAGAUAAAAUAACGUUUGCCCCCUUCCCAACAUAGCACCAACCAGAUGUUCCCCAGGUGAGCAUGCAGAGAUCUUUGCAUGGAAGUGCAUGUGGACAGCCUCUUGAUACAUAUGAAGAUUUGUGUUUUGUAGUACUAAUCCCAAAACUGGCAAAAGAUGAAGAUUUUCCAUUGUUGACUGACUUCUGUGCUGGUCACUGCAAGAAACAGUCUUAAUGUAUUGCCAGCCCCUUUUGUUGCAAAGAGAUGGAUAAAAUGACCAAAGUGACCAGCUGAAAUGUAAUAUCCAAUAUAAUCCCAAAGACAGUUUGCCAAAACACCUGGACCUUUUGGACAAGUCCACCAAAAAUGAACCCGCUUUCUAGUUGGGGUGGGGAACGUGUGGCUCUCCAGAUGUUGCUUAACUACAACUCACAUCAUCCCUAACCAUUGGCUGGCACUGAUGGGAGUUGGCAUUUGGAGGGCCAAAGGUUCCCCAUCUCUGAUUUACAACCUCUUGAGUUAUGCAGCUUAAAACACUGGGAAGCUGUGGAACUCUGUACUAAGUGGGAACUUUGAAGUCAGUACCACAGAUGAAGCUUUUCAGUGAUGGUACUUCCUGUUUUAAAAAUUAUAUGUAUAAAAACAUAUAUUUUUAUGUUUGUACGCACAUACCCUUAAGUGAAUAUUUUCUGGUUCAGUUCCCCUUCAGUUUCAGCAGAAAUGUUAAAACAAUGAUUCAACUUUGUUUCCAACAGGGGUGCGGGGGAGGUAUUCUGUUUGGGUUGGGUAUGAAAUAUCUAGCAUUUGGUGAUUAUAAUGCUUAUAAAGAGGUCUGUUAUACUGGGAAGAGCAGAGAUUGCUGUGUUUUAAUUCUCUCAGCAGGAGGCAGUGGACCAGAUGAAAUCCAUAAUAGCUGAGGGUUUUUUUGUUUUUGCUAUUUUAGUUAUGUCUGCAAGAAGUUCUGUGCAAGAGGAACCACUGAUGUCACCCUGUGUGUACCUGUGUGUGAACAUGUGCAAAUUAAUCUGUUUCCUUCACUGCAAAAAAUGGAGAUUCUGUUCUGAAAGGAGCUCUAUGUAAACUUUGGAUCUCCUGAACUACAACAAAUUUCAGAAUGUGUUUACUAUUGAACAAGUCUUUUUUCACUGCAUUAAAAGCAAAUGCCCAAUUUUUUGUUUUUCUUGACUGGAUAUUGCAGGAGACUAAAGUGUCACAAACACUUGUAAAUUUACCAACCGAGAAAUUGUACAGAACCAUAAAAUGACUGCAUAUAGCUUUUGGUGACACUCCAGAUAAUAAAUGCUAGCCCUCUGCAAUAAAAUUUAUAAUUUCAA